AUGGCGAAACUGAAGAUAGGAGGAACGUGGGCAGGGGUGGUGGAAGAGGUGGACCUCCACGGCUGGACCCUCGCCAUGCUCCGCGAUUGCGUCGCCGAGCGAUCCAACUCUCCGUCGCAGUCCAUCAACCUCAUCUGCGCCGGCAAGAUUCUCCGAGACGACGCCGUUCCACCUCAAACCCUCUCCCAACUCGGCAUAAAAAACAACGCUAAGAUUCUCGCCACGCGCGCCUCCUCUCCGCAGCAGGGAAUAUCCCUCGUCGCGGAGGAAGAGCGUUGUUCCAGACUAGCGCGUAUCAGGGCUGCUGCGACUGCGAUGGCGGAACGCCACUCGGAUGGUGCGUUGCCGAUUGAGGACUUCAAUAUAGAAGUUGAGGAUCAGAGUGGACAGAAAGUGCGGUUAGGCUCUGAGACUGAUCAAAGGGCGGUGAUGAUGGGACUGAUGCUUCACGCGAAGGGGAAGAAACUUAUCAAACAGGGGAAUUACAAAGAUGCGCUGGAAGUGCUCAGCAUGGGAGAGGAGUCAUUCUCUCUUUGUGAUUCAAAAGUCAUUGAGCUUAUUGACAAUGUUCCUAUACUACAAAUAGACAUGGUAUGGUGCUAUUUUAUGAUACAAGACAUCAGAUGGCUCGCAGACGCAGGAAAGCGUCUUGAAAUAGCUAGGAUAGGAAUUGAACGGGCUCAUGGAAAGGAUUCUCUUCGCCUGAGGCUCUUACAAGGUGGUCGAUUUCCAGAACUUGCACUGCAUUUGAGACUAGAGCUGCUUGAAGGGGUAGUGGCAUAUCAUACCGGGCAGUUAGAGAAAUCCAGAAAAGCAUUAGCCUCUGCAAGAGUUAAGUUUGAACAGCUGCAAGUGUCAGAUGAAGCCUUGUCAUUUGUUAUGAGCAUGGGCUAUGUUGAACGUGAUGCAAAGCGAGCAUUGCGGAUGAACAAUCAAGAUGUUGGGGGUGCCAUUGAUUUCCUUGCUGAGGAGAAAGCAAAGAAAUUGCAAAAGCGGGAGGAGGAUAUGAGGAGAAGAAAUGAAAUUAAGGAACAAAAGCGGUAUGGAAUGACACCCUUAAAGAAAGCUGUGGAUCUAGAGAGAUUGAAGGAAUUGGUCUCUAUUGGGUUUGAGAAGGAGCUUGCUGCUGAAGCUCUUAGACAAAAUGAAAAUGAUACUCAGAAGGCAUUGGAUGAUUUGACGAAUCCUGUAACUAAUUCAGCUUUACAGGUUUCGAUCGAGUCAAGGAAAAGUAAGAGACAGAAACAAGCAAAAGAUUAUGAAAUUGAGAAAGUUGUGCGAAUGGGUUUUGAAAGAGCAAGAGUUGUUGCUGCUUUUGAGGCGGGAGGUGGUGUAGAACAAGUUUUGCUAAGACUGACAGAACAAUCUGGGAUCGAACCCACAUCAGCUUCCAUAAAUACACAUUCAACGGCCGGCCCCAAUGGUGAUGCUAGUUCAUCUGCUCCAUUACCUAACAAUGAUAAUUCUGAUGAUCAUCUAAGCACGAUGAAUGAGGUUGAAGACAGUAAAACACAACGAGAUAUAGAAAUGGAAGACGAGCUAUCUGCAGAUAUUGCAAAAGCAGAUGCCUUUGCUGAUUAUGACAUUGAAGUUAAUGUAGAAGGAGAAGCCAUAACUCAGUACCUGGCCCUGGUUGAGUCAGCAGGGACUUGUGGCCAAACUGCUCCUUCCCAGUAGGAAAACAAAUUAUUUUUAAUAAAAAAACAUUUAGAAUAACAUUGAGCAGUUUAUGUAAAUAGCAGGUUGACAUAGAUAACUACUACCUUUUUAAUGCUCGUGGGAGCUUCAUGUAAAUAGUAUCAUAAAAACUCCAGGGAACGAGCACAUUAUCUUUCCCCUAAUAGAUAACGAAUUUGACGUCUUUAUCUUAUGUCAUUUUUUUA